AGAAAGGUAAGAAGAAGGUUUGUGUGUUUGAACCGUCCGUUUUUUAGUUGUUCGUAUCAUCGUCGGAGGAAAAGCUCAAGAAUUUGAGGCGUCUUCUUCCCUUCCAUUUCUUCCCAAUUUCUUUGUUUCAUCGCGAAGCAACCGCGAAAUUUCCACGCCGUUCCUCCUUUUUCACUAUUGGUGGCUGGGAUCAUCUUCAUCGCUGUUCUUCCCUACAAAAAGGCUUUUUUUCCUCCAUAUUUUUUCCUCAAUCCAUUCUGAAAUUCCAACACCUUAGUUCCUCAAUCGAUUUUCGAUCCAUUUUCACCCGAGAUUUCUCCGUAUACAGGGUUUCGUGAAUCGAGUUUCGUUAAAAAAAUGUUCGGAAUGUUGCCGCAGAGUCGAAUGGCCGCUGGUGCGGCUUGUAAACGGGUGGGACAAUUGGUGGCCAAUUCAGGUUUACGAAGGCUUGGAGUUUCGAAUGUGUCUUCAUUUGAAAGCUCAAUCUUCGACCAUUCAGCAAAUAAUUUGUCGGCAUCCAUCUCCUUGAUUUCUCGGUACAGACACUAUGAAUGUAGGCAGAUCUCUCAGCUUGUGAAAUCUAACGGAAAGCGAUUGUUUCUAGUCGACACAUUAGCCCUAGUUAGAAAAUUGGAAGGUCAAGGGGUGCCCUCAAAUCAAGCUGAGGCAAUUACUGCUGCCAUUACUGAAGUGCUAAAUGACAGCUUGGAAAAUAUAUCUCAUUCAUUUGUUUCAAAGGGGGAGAUGCAGAAAAUUGAAAUGAUCCAGGAUUCAAAUUUGUCAAAAUUCAAAUCUGAAGUUCAAAGUUCACAGGGGCACCAUUUUUCUUUAUUGGGACAUGAGACUGAAAAACUCCGAAAUGAUAUUGAGAAGAUGCGCAGUGAGCUGAGGUAUGAAAUUGACAAAGUCACUGCUGGACAGCGAUUAGACUUGAAUCUUGAAAGAGGGAGGAUUCGGGAUGAGCUAGCUAAUCAGAAUGCUGAAACAACCAACCUAACUAACAAACUUGAUCGGGAAAUUCAUGGUCUGAGGGCACAGCUAGAAGCUGCAAAAUACGAUGUAAUAAAAUACUGCAUUGGAACGCUCGUUUCCAUUUCUGCUGUUGGUCUGGCUGUACUUCGCAUCUUAAUGUAAACAUUUGAAGUCAGCUGAAGUUCUGAUAGAGAUUCGAAAUCAUAACUGGUUUGGGAUUCAUCCCGAAUUUGACAAGGUGACAUUUAUUUCUAUUUUUUCUUUAACCAUAUUUUAGAGAGGAUUCUUGGAAGUUCAGUUAUUUUCUCCGAGAGAGUUUCCAUUUAUUAUUUUGUUUUCUCAUGGAAAUGGAUCUCGACGUAGCCAUUUGAAUUGUACUUAAUACUUGUUUCAGAUGAUGAUAGUGAUAAUAAACAUUGUUGUAAAGACUUUCUUUUGGUUUGAUGAAACUGUUCAAAAGUUCAAAGCACCCAUAUUGUUGUA